AAGCUGAUUUCCAACUCUUUUAUGCUUUUGUCGUUGAUAAUGGGGUCGGGGAGAUAGCUUUUACCGGAAUACGGAAUUCUCACGCCGUGUUUUCAACGCACAAAUUGAAUUUCCGACACCCUUAUAUUAUUAUCACCUCCACUCCCCCACCGCCGCCGCCUCUCCCGCCGUCUUCUUGGGCAUUGGAUUCAAGCCCACCUUCUCCGCCGUCCGCUCUUACUCUUUCCCUAUCUCCGUACUCUUCUUCUCCGGUCGCUGUUGCAGAACCUAACUCUUCUUCCGCGGCCACAACUUCCUUCUUAUCAACUCCACUGUUUGUUAAGAUCUAGACUCGAAAUUUCGCUUUUCGUGCUCUUAUUGAGUUCUGGUUAUUAGGGUUUUCUUUCGCCUUGGCUGCACUUUUCUCACUUCCAUUGGCGUAGUUGUGCUGAAAUUUGAGGCUACAGUCCUGCUUGGUUGCUCUGGACCUCGUGUUGUCAUUAAAAAUGAUCGAGUUGAAUAUUUCUUGAAAUUGUACCUUAAAUUCACUUUUCAAUGGCUCGUAAGGGUAAUCAACAGAAAACAGGGUCAGAGCGCCAUGCAUCGAACAGUAAAAAAAAAGUUUCAGAUUUUCAGUCCAAGGGGCAGGGAAGAGCACGAGAAAUAAAGGUUUUUCCCGGAGAGGAACUACCAAAUGAGAACCAAAAUAGUAGACCCUUCGAGGAAGGGAUGAUGAAUAAUGACUCUGGAGAGGGUUUGAAGAAUCUAAAGAAGUCUGCAAAGUCCUUGAGAAAAGAAAAACAAGGAAUUGAAGGACUUCAUACUCUAGAGGAACCCAAAUUUCCCUCCGAAGAAUCCGAGAACUGUGAUCGAAAUAACGGGGGCCCUAGUGUAGGAGAACAGGGGUCUGCUGGUGAUAAGGACCAGGUUCAGGUAGAUGGUAGCUUCAACUUCUUUUUGAAUGGAGAACACAUCAGAAGUGUGAUGGCUAAUCUGAAUUUUUCAGAUAAUGUUUUGGUGAAAAGUUUUGUGGAAUCUAUGUCAUCAAUAUUUGAAGCAUCCCAUGUGUUUUUGGAGCAUCAUAGACCUCUGUUGAAUUCUAUGAAGAACAACUUACUAAACACAAGUGACUAUGUGGUAAAGAAGAUUAUGACAGCAUAUCCCAUUGUUCUGAAAUGGAUGAUGCAUUUUGGGAACAUAAUACUUCUCUUCUCGAUUGUAUGGUUGGACUGUGCCCUCAGGGGCAUCGAUUCCUUUAUUCGUAUGGGGACAACAUCCUUCUUUGCAGUUAUAUGGUUUUCCAUUCUUUCAACAAUUGCAAUGGUUGGAUUUCUUAAAUUCCUUGUUGUCUUGGUAGUAGCUGCUUCCCUUGGAAUUUUUGUCGGGUUUGCUUUUGCUAUUUUGGUCAUCGCCAUCUCUGGAGCAGCUUUCCUUUGGUUCUACGGAAACUUUUGGAUGACAAUGCUGAUUAUCUUCCUUGGAGGAUUGGCCUUUAUAUUGAGCCACGAAAGAAUUGCACUUUCAAUCACCACUUUAUAUUCGGUUUAUUGUGCAUGGGUAUGCACUGGAUGGCUUGGUUUGCUUUUGGGCCUGAAUUUGUCAUUUAUUUCAAGCGAUGCACUGAUUUAUGUCCUAAAGAACAACAUGAAUGAGCAUAGGAGAUCAAACAGAUAUCCUGAACAAACAACUGGGAUGCAAGAUCAGUCUAGCUUCUCUCAUGAUGACCCCAUGCAAGCAUCAUCUUCUGAAUUUAGCAGUACAGGUUUUGCUGCUGAUCGGUGUUCAGGCACACCCUCAACCAGUGGAGCUGAUUCUGAGAUAUCUUCCGAAGAUGAAGUUGUCCGUUUGCUGAAUUGCUCAGAUCACUAUGCAGCUUUGGGAUUGUCUCGGUAUGAAAAUAUAGAUACUUCCCUACUCAAGAAGGAGUAUAGGAAAAAGGCUAUGUUGGUCCAUCCCGAUAAAAAUAUGGGCAAUGAAAAGGCUGCCGAAGCAUUUAAGAAACUUCAAAAUGCAUACGAGGUUUUACUUGAUUCGAUAAAACGAAAAACCUAUGAUGAUGAGCUGAGAAGGGAAGAGCUGCUAAACAUUUUCCGGAGGUUUCAGAGUGAUUCACAGAAGAGUGGUCCAUUUGGGUUUUCAAGAUCGGCAACAAAUAGAGAGGAUCCUUUCGGUGAAUCAAGACGAAUAGCCUGCAAAAAGUGCAACAAUUUUCAUUUAUGGAUACACACUAGGAAAUUGAAAUCUCAAGCAAGAUGGUGCCAGGAAUGCAAAGAUUUUCAUCAAGCAAAGGAUGGGGAUGGGUGGGUGGAGCAAUCUUCCCAGCCUUUUCUUUUUGGAUUGCUGCAGAAGGUAGAUGCUCCUUGUGCAUACGUAUGUGCAGAGAGCCGAAUAUAUGAUGCAACCGGAUGGUAUAUUUGUCAGGGAAUGAGAUGUCCAGCUAACACCCACAAGCCAAGUUUUCACGUAAACACAAGUGUAACCUCUAAGCAAAACACCUCUAGAGGGUCAAGUUCUAGCCAAAGAGGACAGAUGCCUGCAUCAAAUAUGGAAGAGAACAUGACAGAAGAAGAGUUCUUUGAGUGGUUUCAGAAUGCCAUGCAGACAGGUGCAUUCGACAACGUUGGUGGUAGUGCCACGGAGAGCCCGCCGUCUAAAGCAGGAGGAAGUUUUAGCAAGAGCAGUAACAAUAGUGGCAGUGGUAACAAGAAAAAGAAGAAAGGAAAGAAGCAGUGGUGAUUAUGGAGAGGUUAUUUGGUUAAACAUGCUAAUAAUUUUGAAGUGUAUGGUAGCGAGUAAUUAUUAAAUACACAACAAGGUAAGGUAAGACAAGGUAAGUUAAGGUAGCUCUUAUAGGAAAUUUUAAAAAUGAAGGGUGUAGAGAAGAGAAGAUUGGAGAACCAUUGAAGGGAAGGAUGGCAUUAAGAGUUUGUAUAUAGAGAGCGUAGCGGUUUUAACUGUCAUAAAAUGGCUUGAUUUACCCCCAAAGUUUAGACAGGUUGGAAAUGUGUAUCCUGAACCCUUGUGGUAAUUACAACUAACCUUAUAUAUGAAGAAUUAUUUGGAAGAUGGCCUCAAAAUGGCUGUUUCCUUCCUUGUCCCCA